AUUCCUGGUUAGAUGCAUGCUCGACUUCGGCCAGGAACAAUUCUCUUGAUUUGUACAGCUCUCGUAGAAGCAAACCAACUAUCGUGGACAAAAGAUAUUGAACGAGUCUUACCUGCUAUGACAUCAACAGUAGAUAUCAAGAAAGCGGAUCCCUUGGCUCCAAAGAUAUUUCGGAAGGAUGUUUGCGCAUGUCAAAUCCAGGAAUGGUGGCCAUCUUUUCGACCAUGCACUAUAAAGACAGCUUUCAUCGACUUGAAGGAGGAUUUUUUUGAAUAUUUGCUUCAAGAUGGAUUGGUCUUGCCAGAAGGGGUAGAACCUGUAACUGCGUCCAGUGGCAGAGUCAAGUCCAAGGAUGAUUACAGCGACUCGGAUUUUUCAAGUUCAUCUGAAAGUGAACAGGGGUCUAACCCUGAUGAAGAACAAAGUGAUCCGAACAAUCCAGAUGAUCAAGAACAGGCGACAAGACCAAAGUUUGGAGAACUCAUCGACGUGAUUUCCAAAGCUAUCGAAGAUCUGGGUGGAGAGGUGUUUCCAAAACUGAAUUGGAGUGCCCCAAAGGAUGCAACUUGGAUAAAUGUAGGAGAGAACUUGAAAUGUAUUUCAGUUGCUGAUGUCAUCAUUCUUUUGAAGAGCAGUGAUUUUGCUGUCCAUGACCUCUGCCAUGCCUUCGAUGCGUGUGCAGAUGGUCCGAAUGAAUCCGAGACGACUGUAUCGGUGGAAAACCAAAGGCGACCCACCAAGGUUGUGCUCGCACUUCGCAAGUGGUUUGACAUGAAGACUUCGAUGGAAUUCCGGUGCUUUGUAAAAGACGAGUUUCUCGUGGGUAUUUCGCAAAGAGAUUGCUCGAGCCAUUACGACUUCUUGUUGGAAUGGCGGAGUCAGAUCGUUUCUGUUAUGAGAGAAUUUUACCUGAACACGAUCCGAGGACGCUUUCCUCUCAAGACCUUCGUUUUCGAUGCCUAUAUCCGACAGAGAGAUUGGAAAGUCUUUUUAAUCGAUUUCAAUCCCUAUGGUGGAUUCACACAACCAUUGCUGUUUUCAUGGAAGGAACUUGACGAGCUGCAUGAAUCCAUGAGAGCCGAUGACGCAAGACCUCAAGGAGCGAAUAGCGCAGAUCAGGAGCCCGAGGAUGCCAUCUUCUUCGCACUAGGGAUGCAGAACUACGACUGGUAG